AGAGACCCCCGUCAACGCCGUUGUCGCCCCUAAGACAUCCUUCCCCUCUCAGUGUUCUCAGCGACGAGAACUGACAUCCCACUAGUUGAGGACUCUUUCUGGUGGGAGAUAUCCUGGAAUCUGUACAUCGAUCGACAUGCAGUCGCACGUUCGCGUCCGAUCGAGGCGUUCUCUCUCUUAUUCGCUCGGGUGCGCUAGGAAGCUGGUGGACGCUGCCCCGACACCUCCCUCGCUCGUAAACUCGCACUAUCUAUCAUCUCCAAACAGCAUCUUUUGCAGAAAAUCUUCCGUCCGUCGCUGGCCCUCUCGCCAGGAUGAUGAGUGGCUGAGGGACAUGGUCCCCGUAGACAGGGACUCGAUCAUUGGGAGCGAGGAGUCAGACUCUUCCAUGCCAUCUUCUUGCACUUCAGAUUCCUCUCACGGCCAUUUUCUACUCCCACCUCCAUCUCCCAUCUUGCGACCGCGAUCUUCGCCUCCGCAUGAUGUAUACAUGACUUCCACGCACAUAUCACCACUCGCCGUCCAUUGCACACGUUAUUACAGCCAAGUCGUGCUCCACUGAAUUGCCACGGAAUCACGUUUCAUUCUUACGACUUACCUCACGUUGUCGUCGUCGAAUUUGUCAUUUUUGGGCAGAGGCAUCUCACAACCUUCACUUUCUGGGUUUAUCGUGUAUUAUUCUGGUCAUCGUCACUUCGGGUUUUAGGUUAUCAGGCUUGAUUUCGUCGUCGAUUUCUCAUCCGGGUUGCGUUCGUAGGGUUUUAUUGAUAUUUUU